AUGGCGACUUACUGUGGAGCAUACCGAAUUAAAAAUGUCGAAACUGGCACCUACAUGACUAUGACAUCGACGGGCACAAAGACGUCGAUUGUCUGUACUCAAGCUGAAGAAAGAGACAAGAAGUCACUGUGGCGCUUCGUGCCUACCCGCGAGGGUAAAUAUAAACUGAGGAAUCUGGAACACAACUUAGAAGCGCAUACGGGUCCCGAUUUUUCUAUGAUUGGAGAGCCUAGCGGCCACUCGUGGCUGAUUAAAGAUGGGACAGGCAACGAGAAAAUCAUCCAUACCGGAACCAACGAAGUUAUCUUGGAAUUGGUCAAGGCAACCAAAAAGGUGCAACUGAAGGUGGACAAAUCACAAAAGAACCAGCGAUGGAUUUUCGAGACAGUUUACCUUAACGUCAAGACUGGUACGGUUAUGGAUUUAGAAGGUGGAAAGGAAGGUGAGGGUGUCAAGAUCAUUGGAUUUGAGGCCAAGGGGACCGCCAACCAGAAGGGGUGGUAUAAGUGGGAGCUUGGGCCAGGCGAUGGAGUCAAUGUAACAAUUCGUAAUGCUGCGAUCAGCGCCUAUGCUGGUUAUCCGACUUUUAAUCAAGGUGCAGUCCUUCAAUCAAGCUCCAAGCCUCAAAACUUUAGUAUAACUCUAGCGGACAACGGUUUCUACAUUUCGCCUCCAGAGAAACCAGAUCACGUUGUAGACCUGUCUGGGGCCGGACAGGCAAACGGAACUGAAAUUUGUUUAUGGAUUAAACAUGGUGGGGAUCACCAGAAAUGGAGGUUCGAGGCUGCUUAA